ACUCAAUAUCGACCCCAAGCACGCGCUCUAGCAGCGAGCCGAAGUCGAUUUCGGAUUCGAAAAUCGGAAUUGCGAAUUCCGAAUUCCGAAAAGAGGCAACUUAACCCCCGAGCUGGCUGGGCCGCUCGCAGUCGUUUGUGAGCGUUCGCAGCGUCAGUUGCAGCCCAAGUGUUUAAACGAACAAGCCAACCGAAAGCAACUAAAAAAUUAAUCAACAACAACUAAAAAAAAACAAACAUAAACAAAACCAAAUAAACAAAAAAAAAAAAAGAAAAACAAACCAAACAGCAACAAGAAACAUUAAAAAAAAAAACAAAUAAAAACAAUCCUUGGAGUAAGGAGAUUGAGAAUCGUAAUCGGAUUCUGAUUGAGAUCCAGAAAAGGACACACGGACAAGGAUCCAAAAACGGUCGAAAAAGGAGUGCGAACAAUGUGCGCCGCUUUGCGUCGUAAUUUGUUGCUGCGGAGCCUCUGGGUCGUCCUGGCCAUUGGCACCGCUCAGGUUCAGGCCGCCUCACCGCGAUGGGAGCCCCAGAUAGCCGUACUCUGCGAAGCCGGACAGGUCUACCAGCCGCAAUACCUCUCCGAGGAGGGUCGCUGGGUCACGGAUCUCACCAAGAAGACAACCGGAGCCACAUGUUUGCGUGAUAAAAUGGAUUUGCUUGAUUACUGCAAGAAGGCCUAUCCGACCCGCGAUAUAACCAACAUUGUGGAAUCAUCUCACUACCAGAAGAUCGGAGGCUGGUGCCGCCAGGGCGCCUUGAACGCCGCCAAGUGCAAGGGCUCGCACCGCUGGAUCAAGCCGUUCCGCUGUCUCGAAGGACCAUUCCAAUCGGACGCCCUGCUGGUGCCGGAGGGCUGCCUCUUCGACCACAUCCACAACGCGUCCAGGUGCUGGCCGUUCGUGAGGUGGAACCAGACCGGAGCAGCUGCCUGCCAGGAGCGGGGCAUGCAGAUGCGCAGCUUCGCCAUGCUCCUGCCCUGCGGCAUAUCCGUCUUCUCCGGCGUUGAGUUCGUCUGCUGUCCCAAGCACUUCAAGACCGAUGAGAUCCACGUGAAGAAGACCGACUUGCCCGUAAUGCCACCGGCCCAGAUCACCAGUGCCAACGACGACCUGAUGGUCAAUGACGAGGACGAAAGCAACGAGUCCAACUACUCGAAGGACGGCAACGACGACGACCUGGACGACGAGGACGAUCUGAUGGGCGAUGACGAGGAGGACGAGAUGGUGGCCGAUGAGGCGGCUGCGGCGGGUGGCGGUGGUGGUGGCAAUGCCGGAUCCUCCGGUGACGCCAACAGCGGUUCCCUGGACGACAUCAAUGCGGAGUACGACAGCGGCGAGGAGGGCGAUAACUACGAGGAGGAUGGCGCCGGAUCUGAGGGCGAAUCCGAUGGUGGCGACACCUGGGACCAGAGCGGUGCUGGCGCCAAGCCGAUGGCCAAUCUGAAGGUUAGCGGCGGCUCCUCCUCAUCCUCGGCGGACAAGGUGCCCAUUAAGUCAGAUAACCCAGUGACCUCCACUCCCCAGCUGUCGGUGGCCGCCGCUGCGGCUGCCAAUGCCGGUUCCGGAUCAGGAUCCGGCUCCGGUUCCGGUUCUGCCGGUCUGCCGCCGUCCACCGCCCAGCCGACCUCCGAUCCGUACUUCACCCACUUCGAUCCCCACUACGAGCACCAGAGCUACAAAGUAAGUCAGAAAGAAGCCCAACAGCGCCUCGAGGAGUCGCACCGCGAGAAGGUCACGCGGGUGAUGAAGGACUGGUCGGAUCUGGAGGAGAAGUAUCAGGAUAUGCGACUCGCCGAUCCCAAGGCGGCACAAUCCUUCAAGCAGCGGAUGACGGCCCGCUUCCAGACUUCUGUUCAGGCACUCGAGGAGGAAGGCAACGCCGAGAAGCACCAGCUGGCCGCCAUGCACCAGCAACGUGUCCUGGCCCACAUCAACCAGAGGAAGCGGGAGGCCAUGACCUGCUAUACCCAGGCCCUAACCGAACAGCCGCCCAAUGCCCACCAUGUUGAGAAGUGCUUGCAGAAGUUGCUCCGUGCCUUGCACAAGGAUCGGGCCCAUGCUCUGGCACACUACCGCCACCUGUUGAACAGCGGAGGACCGGGUGGCCUGGAGGCUGCCGCUUCGGAGCGUCCCAGGACCCUGGAACGAUUAAUCGAUAUCGAUAGGGCGGUGAACCAAUCGAUGACCAUGCUGAAACGCUAUCCGGAACUAUCGGCCAAGAUCGCCCAGUUGAUGAACGAUUAUAUCCUGGCAUUGCGCAGCAAGGACGAUAUUCCCGGAUCGUCGCUGGGCAUGAGCGAGGAGGCGGAGGCUGGCAUUCUGGACAAGUACCGUGUGGAGAUCGAGCGCAAGGUGGCCGAGAAGGAGCGCCUCCGUCUGGCCGAGAAACAGCGCAAGGAGCAGCGGGCCGCCGAGCGGGAGAAGCUGCGCGAGGAGAAGCUCCGCAUGGAGGCCAAGAAGGUGGACGAUAUGCUCAAGUCGCAGGCGGCCGAGCAGCAACAGCAGCAGCAGCAGUCCCAGUCACCAUCCCAGACCCCAGCCUCGUCCGCCGCCUCCAUCCAGUCGUCGUCCCAGUCGCAGCAGGAGAAGAUCCUUAGCAGCAAGGAGGUGGGCAUCGAUGGUGGAGUCGUCACUGCUGCUAACUUGAAUCUGGAGACCACCAAGAGCGAGAAGGAGCUCUCGGACACUGAGUAUGCCGAGGCUACUGUUAGCAGCACCAAGGUGCAGACCGUACUGCCGACGGUCGAUGAUGAUGCCGUCCAGCGGGCGGUGGAGGAUGUGGCAGCCGCCGUCGCUCAUCAGGAGGCCGAGCCGCAGGUGCAGCACUUCAUGACCCAUGACCUGGGCCACCGCGAAUCGAGCUUCUCGCUGCGCCGCGAAUUCUCCCAUAAUGCGCACGCGCCCAAGGAGGGACGCAAUGUCUAUUUUACGCUCUCCUUUGCCGGCAUCGCCCUAAUGGCGGCUGUCUUUGUGGGCGUGGCCGUUGCCAAGUGGCGGACAUCACGUUCGCCGCACGCCCAGGGCUUCAUUGAGGUGGAUCAGAAUGUGACCACACACCAUCCCAUCGUGCAGGAGGAGAAGAUCGUGCCCAAUAUGCAGAUCAAUGGGUACGAGAAUCCGACCUACAAAUAUUUCGAAGUGAAAGAGUAAGCAGGACGGCUGCUGCACGGCUAGAAGGGGACGGAGAGAACAGCAUACAUAAGUCGUCAAAAGCAAAAAGAAAAAAAAGCAAAGCAAAAGCAUCAGCAAAGCAAAAAGCAUAGGCAGGAGAGGAACAACACAAUUUAAAAAAAAAAAACAAAAUAAAAACAAUUUAAGCAUAAUAUUUAAAAAAAAAACAAAAAACAAAAGCUAAGAGAAGCCAGAGAUUUUUUUUUCGUCAAAAGGAGCGCAGUUCCAAUAAGAGAUUUAAAAGUAAAGAUAAUAUGAUGAUGGAGAGGCUUAAAAGGGGUAGACAGAGAAGCAGAUGCAGAUGCAGAGAAAGUAGAAAGCAGAAAAGAAAAGUCAAGAAGAAGAAGGAUAAAUUCAAUGAAAGGUAAUAUAUCUAUAUUAAAUUAAAAAGCAAGCAGAAAAGGCAAGAAUAUAAAGCAAGCAAUUAAAUUUAAGUAUUUGAAUGUUUAACAAAAUGCAGUAAAAACAAAAAACAAAACAAAAAACAUCCUCUUUAGCUCCCUUUCUGUCUCUCUCUAACUCCCGAGCACUCGCUCUCUCUCUCUCUCUGUCUUUGUUGCACUCGGUGUAUCCUUUGUCCCACACAAUUAGCACAUUUCUCAACACUAACAGCCAAGAGAGGCAGGCAAGCAAGCAAGGAAGACAAGGAUCACACGGCAGGAGAAGAAACGGAGGAAAGAGAGGAUGAGGAAGAAGGGGAGCAGAAGCAAAAGCAAAGCAAAAAGCGAAAGCGAAACAAAAAACAUAUUCCUAGUAAAUAAAUUGUCGCAAAAAAAAAGGACACAGACAGAGGACACACUCUCACACACACACACACUCACUCUCACUCAUAGCCACAAGACACUCACACAUACAUGUUGCAUUCAUGCUUCGUAGCAUACUUUUGAGCGAUCUCUCUUAUCAGAAGGGCGAGAGAGCCUCGAAGGAUGAGAGCUAAGAGCUAAAGGCCAAUACACUCACACACACUUGUGAACCUAAGAGCUACCUACGCGUACUAAUCUCUAUACACACACAUGGCUAUAUAUACGGCAAAAGUCAAACCAACACACACACACAUAUAUAUAUAUAUAUACAAUAUAUUUAAAGCAAAGCAAGAAGAAAUGUCCAUAAAUGUAUUUAUGUAUCUAUACACAAGCAAACACAACCCGAAAAAAAGCGAAAAAAAAUAUAGCAAAAAAAGCAAGCCAGCAAGCUAAAAACUUAAGCAUUUAAAAAGCAUGCUUUUGCCGGCUAUUACAAGUAAUAUAUAUAUAUAUACCACACACACACACGCAUAUAUAUAUAUAUAUAUAUGAAUCAGCUACGUAAACAGAAAAAAAUAAUGCAAAAACGCUAAGCUAAUUGCAAAAGUAAAGAAAUGACAAAAAAACAAAAAGCAAAAAAAAUGAAAAUGAGAUGAGGAAACUUUUAGAACUUUUUCUGCAUAUUUUGUGUGUAAGUCGAUGGCAAAAAAAAAGUUUUUUCUCGUUUUUAUGUUACAUGUUUCACUCAAAGGCCAGCACAAAAACCAAAAACACACACACAUACAUACACUGACAAAAAUAAUCGAGUCCUUGAGUACUUUUCAAACUACCCUCGCGCGAAAAAGUUUGCAAUCAAAAGUGGUUGCAUAAUUGCGACUUUUCUGACAAGAUUCUGAUAAGAAUUUUGGAUCGAAAAGAAGAAAAUAAACAGGGAAGGGAGUACAAAAUCGAAUCGGAAAGAAUUCCGGCACCAACUUAAGUGGAAGCCCCCAAGAUAAACCCCCUGAAGUUUCGACAAAAGUCUAGUUUCAUUUCUCGCUUUUGAUUGCUUGGCAAAUAUUUGGUCUGCUUUGUUCGAGCAGCAAGAUAUAGUUACUCAAUCGGGCCAAAUAAUGCGACAAAAAUAUAUAUGGUAUUAUCCGACUAUCAUAUACCCUUUCUUUUUGAUUUGCCAUUCUCUAAAAAAAAAAAAACAGACAUCCAGGACUUGGAGAUCGAGUUUGGAUAGCAAUUUUUGUAAUUCAAAAUUUUAGAUCGGAAAUUGAGAUUCUGAACGAGAUUUAAUUUGGCGAAUAGAACAAAUAUUGAAAAGUGUCGGGAAACUGAAAUGGAAAUUGAAGCUGUUUUCUAAAAUUGUUAAUUAAAUUAAAAAAAAAAAAUCAAAGUCUGAUUUCAAAAUUUCAACUGAAACCGAAAUGGUAACAAGAACUUUUCUUAUUUUUUCUAAAAAUGAUAUUGUAUAGAAUUGAAAACUCAAAAGUAUUUCUAUCAAAAACUGAAACUUUCUAACUGAAAUUGAAGAACUGUUGCUUAGAACUUCAUUUUCAAAUAAAAAGUUUGUUUUUGAAAUAAAUACAAUUUAGUAUUCACUUUUUGAAUAUUAUUUUUAGGUUAGGUUAUGACUUUUUUGAUGGCAUUUCUGUUUUUUAGUUGAAGUUUUGGGUUCAGAAAUGGUUUUUUGAAACGAUUUAGAGCAGUUUCAAUUUCAGUUUCACAGUCCUGGCCUCGAUUUCAAAAUCCUAGAGUCUGUUUAAUGGCAAAUCAGAAGAAAUUUUGAAAUAUAUUUUCUAAAAAUUCCUCUCAAAGGACUCAACACACACACAAACACAAACACAGGCAGAUACUGACACAGACACAUUAUAUAAUGCUAAAUGUAUUACAACAACAAUAUAUAUAUAUGGAUAUAUAUGCAUCUAUUUAUAUAUAUAUAUGCCAACACACAUAUAUAUUUCAACAGAAACAGAAACAAAAGCAAACAAAAACAAAAUGCAAAUCAACUACACAAACAAACAAACAAACAAAAAGUAAAUAAGAAAGAAAUCUAACUAGUCAAAGCUUGAAUAUUUUUUAAUUUAUUCAUUAAUACAACAAGAACAACAACAAAAAAAAACCAAAAAUGAAAAGUAUACAUAUAUAUAUAAAAACCAAAAACAAAAGCAAAAAAAAUGAACAAAAAAACAAUUGAUAUUUACACUUAGUGAAGCAAAAAAACAAAACCAAAAGACAAAAAAAGCGGAAAGUAAAAGCAAAAAAAUGAAAACCAAAAAAACAAAACAAAAAAAAAAUGAUGCAAAUGUGUAAGAAAUAAACCCCGUCCUGCAUAAAUAAAAUUAAAUAAAAGAAUAAAAUAAAUAUAAAACAAAAAAACGUAAUGAAUAUCAUAAAGCAAAAAAGAUUUACACAAAAGAUUAAAAAUUGCAAAGAAGAAGAAUGCGAAUGCGAAAUGCGAAAAAAUGCAAAAACCAAAAUGGCGAAAAACCAACCAAUUGAGAAUUAUAAAAUGAAAUCGCAUGUGUUUUUGUCGUAGUCUCAUCAUUGAAAAGAAAAGAAAAACCAAAAAAGAAAUGCAAAAAAAGAGAGAACAGAGAAAAUUCAAAAUACAAAAAAAAUGAAUGAAAAAUUGUAUGAAACAAAAAUGCAGAAAUUAAGAGCAAGAAAUAACAUUUGUGUAAUUCUUUUUGUCAAACUAUGAUUUUUGCAUAAAAAAAAACAAAAAACAAGAAAUGAAGAGAUGAUGGCCCGAGAGGAGAACUCAGUUUGGAGAGAAACGUAUAAGAAAAAUUUAAAUAUUAAAUGUACUCAAAGACAAUUGUAAUUGCAACAAUAA